AUGGCGAACUACCAGGGCGGAAGUCAAAAGCCUCGACGACGUAGGAAACUUCCAAAUAUUCACCACACAGACAGUACAAUUUCCACCGAUGCUGCAAUUUUCUGGUACAGCUACCACACUGCAGUCAGCUGGAUUCGUAGCAACGAACAUAUCAUAUCAAAAUGUAUACAGCUUCUCCAGAUUUAUCCAAACCUUAUCCAGGAUAAAUCUAUGGAUCAUUUAAGGGAAUUUAUCCAGUCUUUAUUACAGGGAGAUCAUUCAGCUGGUGUGAAGCAAAGGGAAGUCAUUCGACAUAAGAGAGAGGCAGACACCACUCGCAAACUGCAAAGGAAGGACAGCAGCGGUAAAGUAACUGGGAUACCCCAGAUAUCAGUUACAGAGUCUAUCAACUCACCUGCUCCAAGUUUCCUCAUUUCUGCUCGCCACGCAAGAACCCCUCGGGUUCACUUAAUCAGUCGGUGUAGCUACAUGGAUAACGUUUCUACUGAUAGGCUUCUGCACUUUGGAGUUCUGGAUAUGCUGGAUGAGGAUUUCUAUAUAAGAGUGACAAAUGUCAGACAUCAAUCACAGCCCGAUGUACGUAAGGAUACAAAGCGGCAAUAUAUUGUAGCAGAGUCUGAUGUAUGCGUGUAUUUAUUUAAUAAUGCCACACUUGAAGAUGCCUCAUGCUUUCAUGACUUAUGCAUUGCACUGGCUAAAAAAAUUCCCGUUGUGUAUAUCAGACAUCACAAACAGCAGUUGCCAAAGACGUUUCCAGAUACAAUAAACAGCCUAAGCAAAGGGUGUGUAACAUUGAAAGAUUACAUGCACAAGUUUGUACCAGAAACUCAUACAGCCUCAUCGGACAGCUUGUCUGUUAAAACUACUCGUGUCAAAAAGAAGCUUGCUCCGCUGAUUGUUGGAAAUCGCUCUUGGUCGACAGGGGAACUAAAUGUGAAUGGUAUUCUUGGAAAACAUUGUCGAUCUUCUGUGCCUUUGGAAAUUGAUCUGGUUUUCACACUUGUCAGUAAUUUUAAGAAUGCCUGCGUCUUUGAUGAGACAGACAUGGAUGAGUGCUGCUCCAAAGUGAAACACCGAAUUCAUGAGGUUUUGGGAAUAGGGGAUUCCAGUGACGAACUACAUCCUGUCAGUAACUCUAAUAAAGUAGAUCAUCCAGAUUCUUCAGAAAUAUGUGACGUUAACUUACGCGUCAGUAAUAAUCGUUGUAAUAAAACAACCACAUUAGCUGGUGUCCGUGCGUCUACAGCCAUCAGCAGACACAGAUUUUUAAGUGUACCGGACCCACAAGACAUUACUUCAGCAAGAGAGUGGAGUUAUUCGGGAUCAUCUUACCACCCACCGCCUGAUAAAACAAACCACGAUUGCAAUUCUGAUGGCGACGAAGACAGUGUCAUUUCUUUCGACAGCAAUGAUGCUAGAAUGAUUUGCUCCCCUGUACUAGAGCAGAAAGCAACCACGUAUCUCAUUUUUGAUCACAGUAAUUUAAUUGAAGGGCCCAGGAAGGUUGAGUUUCCUGCAGAGGGGGACAGUGCUGUUGUUAUUGUGGAUGAAACAGAUUCAGAUGACUAUGAUGCAACCACUGGGUCUCCCAUUAACUUCAGCGAAAUUGAUUUAAGUAGAGAGAUCAACUCUAGAGGGACGCCAGAAAGUGAUACUUCUAUUGUAUUUUAG